AUGACGAUAACCUACUUGCCCCAAUGCAAGGCGCAAAACCGGUCGGCCACGGGGAUCGACAUUGACGCAUGGACCAUCUCGGCCCUCCAGUCGCUGAGUAUCUCGCCCGUCGCCGGCGGAACAGGCACCCCGCUCGCCAUACCAAUCGAUAACGAGGCUGCCACGACCACCACUGUCGGCGUCUCCUUUGGCAAUGACGCCAAAGUGGCCGUGCGGACCGAUGUGCCUAGGCGGCCUCCCUCUCGUCGCGACAGCCUGAAGAGGCGAGAGGCCUUGUUGAAGGGUAACGAGGGAAGUCGUCAGCGUCGGCGCUGGGAAAACGACCGCCUUCUCCACGUCCCCAAUGCUCAACCGCCCCAGCCAUCCGACUGGGAGGUCCACCCCACCCACACAGUGCAUCACGUCCCCUACCAGCUCGCUCAGUUCUGGGACCUCGGUCUCCGUCAGACAAUCGACAAGAAGACGGCCAAGCUGGCGACACAGCGGAAACGGCAGCAGCUCGCUGCCGGGAGCGCCACGGGCCUGGGAUGCGGGGAGGUCCCCCGCGAUCUGCGCGAGGCGACGAAGCGUAGCUCUGUCGUUACGACCUGGGUUCGUGCCCUGGAGGAUCCUGUUAGGGAAUACAUCCUCAAGGGUCGCACGGGCAUCAUCAGCCAACCAAUGUCCGUCGAGGCUGCCGACCCCGUAUCGUCGGACGAGAUGGACUCCGAGGAUGAGGAGAUCGUCUUCGUGGGGAGAAGGUCGGCUGGUCUGCCCCCAAAGCCGGCUGCCUCCCAAGCCAGUGGGUGGAGGUUAGCUCACAGGGAGGUGGGGGAUGAGACAGUCGAUCACGGCAUGGUGUUUGACUCUUUUGGAGACCACGAGAGCGCACCGUUCAAGCGCUGGCUAACACACUCCAUCUCCGACUACUACGGUCUCGAGUCGACGUCCGUCAUUGUUCCGAAUCCUUCGCGCAAGGUCGUCUAUGUCAAGUUCAAGAAGGGGGACAUCAGGCAGGGUUCCUCCAAGAAGCAGUUCCCUCGUCCUCUCUGGGAGAUUUGCCAUGCAUAG